CAUACACACAGAAAACUCACAAAAUUACAAAAAUGGGUGUCACCAUUUUCGAUUUCUCCACUUACCCAUCUCUCAGUUUCUAGCCUCUCACUUCCCUCUCAUCUCAAUUCACUCCCUCUCUCUGUGUAGAACCAUAUACACGCACCACAACUGCGCUCUCAUCCAUCCAUGGCUUCCAUUUCUCCACCCACUCCUCACCAGCUCUCCUUCUCCACCCCCAAAUUCCCUUCAUCACCUCCAUUUCUGAAGCGAUAUUCCUCUACUGCACCUUCUCCGUCUUCCCAAUUGCAUACCAUCUGCCACUGCCACAACCCAGAUUCGCCAUCCCCGUCUGAGCCGUGGGGAUGGGGCUCUGCGCUUCAGGACCUCUUUCGAACCGCCCUCAAGCGCUUUGAUUCUCUCGUCAACCACGGUGGCGACGGCUUUAAGGACCCGCGUGCCGACGGCGGCGUUCUGCAGGGAGAGCGUGUAGUUGGAGCGGACGAGAAGGAUGGAGACGAUGAUCGGGGAUGGGAUUGGGAUCGGUGGCGCAAGCAUUUUGAUGAGGUCGAUGAGCAGGAGCGUCUUGUUUCUUUUCUCAAGUCGCGCUUAAGUCAUGCGGUAUAUGCAGAGGAUUAUCAAGAUGCUGCUAGGCUCAAGGUGGCGAUUGCGGCAUUAUCUACAAGCGAUACUGUUGGCAGAGCGAUGUCUCGUCUGCAUAGAGCUGUAGAGGAGGAGCGUUACCGGGAUGCAGCCUUUAUCCGGGACAAUGCUGGUGCUGGGUUGGUUGGCUGGUGGUCUGGCACUUCAAAAGACAAUCAUAAUCCUCGUGGUUUAAUUAUUCGAAUAACUGCUGAACAUGGAAGAUAUGUAGCAAGAAGUUAUAGUCCUCGGCAGCUUGCUACGGCUGUAGAUGGUGUUCCCUUGUUUGAGAUUUUUCUUAGAGUGAAUAAAAAGGGUGAAUACAAACAGCAGGCUGUAUACUUGAAACGGAAAGGAGUUAUCUCAGAUAGUUCAAAUGGUUCAUCUAAAGAAUUAGAUUCACCUAGUCUAUUGAAUCCUUUAGACCCUGUCGAAGAAAAGGAUGAUCUUUUCAUUAUAGGCAGUGAAGAAGCUGAAGAUGGCGAGAUCAGGAAUGAAGAUUCUGAUAUAGCUGUUGGACUUCCAGUCUUUCAGAAUAUCUUGAGAGAUAUGAUUCCUGGAGUGAAGGUCAAGGUUUUGAAGCUGACAACCCCUGGGAAGGUUGACAAAGACGUGAUAUCUAAGGUGAUUGAGCAAAUUAUUGAGGAGGAAGAAGAUGAAGAAGAGGAAGACGAGGAGGAUGGAGAAGGUGAGAAAGACAGUGACUUUGAAGAUUUGGAAGUGGAAGAUAAAAUUAAGGAUGACCAUCCAGAGAAAGAUGCUGAAUUGGGUGCUGAUGAUGGUUUCCUUGAAAAUCAAGGGCGAAAUGAAGUUGCUGUCAAAAUCAUUGUUGGUGGUUUAGUGCAGAAGCUUUCUGGUGGGUUUUCUGCUAAAAAUGUACUGAGAGUACCUGCAAAGUUAGAAAAGAAGGGGCGUUCUUCAUUUUCUUUCUCAGUAGAAAAAGAUGCAAACGAACAGGACUCUCAUGGAAAGGAACUAAAUUCAAUAGAUAGGAAGUCCAAGCCUCGAGGUCAAAGUAGUAUUGAGCAUGUUAUGCUUGAUUUAGCCAAAUUUAUUGGUAAAGAGAAGAUACCGUUGAAGGUACUUAAAGAUUUGAGUGAGUUAAUCAAGCUAUCCAUCAGCCAGGCACAAAACUAUCAACCCCUUUCUGGAUCCACGAGUUUCAAUCGCAUUGAAAUACCCACUUCUUCGGAUCCCCUAAAUGGACUGUAUAUCGGUGCACAUGGAGUAUAUACAUCAGAAAUUAUUCAUCUAAGACGCAGAUUUGGUCGAUGGCAAGAGGAUGGAGGAGGGGAUAAGGAGGAGCCUUCAAAGCUUGAAUUUUAUGAAUAUGUAGAAGCCUGGAAAGUUAUUGGGGACCCAUAUGUACCAGCUGGCAAGGUGGCAUUUCGUGCAAAGGUUGGAAAAAGAUACCAGCUUCCUCAUAAAGGGAUAAUUCCUGAAGAAUUUGGAGUGAUUGCUAGAUAUAAAGGACAAGGGAGGCUAGCUGAGCCAGGUUUUCGCAAUCCUCGAUGGGUUGACGGUGAACUUGUUAUUCUUGAUGGAAAGUAUAUCAAAGGAGGACCUGUGGUCGGAUUUGUGUAUUGGGCCCCCGAAUUUCAUUUCUUGGUGUUUUUUAACCGGCUGAGGCUCCAAGAGUAGAUUUCAUUUUAUUUGUAAAUUGAAAUCUCAGGCUUGUCCAUUCACUUGUGCCUUCCACCAAUUCUUUAAGGUUAUAACAGUUUUAGAGGAUUUAAAGCCCUCGUUUAAAGAUAAGCAGUGUAGCAAGCAAGACGAACCAUUUAUUACCCAACUGACUUAUCACUCGUAAGAACACUGGUCUGACAAACUCGAUCACCAAACCUUUGUCCACGCUAACGCCUGGUUCUGAAAAUUUCUUCCUUUUUCUGGGAAAUUCUUUAUAUGCUUGUAUAUAUUAAUCUGUUCCUUUGCUAAAUCAAUUCUCAACCAUCAAGUUUUGAUGUGAUAUAUGAACAGUGCUGUAGUUUAAUGCCCAUUGUUUUAGAUCUCGUUGCGUUGUACUAGAUGAAGAUAUCAUGUAUAAGACGGUUUUCUGGAGGUUACUUGAGGAAUCAUAUAUGGCUGUAGUUCAGUUUGGAGUCCGGAACAAGAACCAUUAGACUCAUCUGUUCAUAUCAUAGCAAGCGUAGCAUUAUUAUGAAUUAUGUUCUCUCUAAUGUAAUCUCCUCUCAUGGUUUGUACUCA